GACAAAUCAAUCACCGGGGUCCACCACCCCACUGUUUGGACCGCUCAAAGGAAUAGUCGUCGAGUACACACACACACACUGCACAGUGCACACAGCUAAGGAGAAAAUUCUAGAGAGAGACUGCAGAGGACUCGAUUCUCGCCGGCGGCAGCGGACUUCUCAGAGUUUUGAUCGGCGAUGGCUUCCUCCUCCGACCGCGAGACAUUCGUUUAUGUCGCGAAGCUUGCCGAGCAAGCAGAACGAUACGAUGAGAUGGUAGAUGCCAUGAAGAGUGUGGCAAAAACUGGCGUUGAGUUGACAGUAGAGGAGAGGAAUCUACUCUCGGUUGGGUACAAGAAUGUGGUUGGAGCCCGGAGGGCAUCUUGGAGGAUUUUGUCCUCCAUUGAGCAGAAGGAAGAGUCAAGAGGGAAUGAGCAGAAUGUGAAGAGGAUCAAAGAGUACAGGCAGAAGGUAGAAACUGAGCUCUCCAACAUUUGUGGUGACAUCAUGACUGUGAUUGAUGAGCAUCUCAUUCCUGCAUCUUCUGCCGGAGAGUCAACUGUGUUUUACUACAAGAUGAAAGGGGAUUACUAUCGGUAUCUUGCCGAGUUCAAAACUGGCAACGACAAAAAAGAGGUGGCUGAUCUUUCUCUGAAAGCAUAUGAGAUGGCUACCACUUCAGCCGAAGCUGAGUUAUCACCCACGCAUCCCAUACGACUGGGACUGGCUUUGAAUUUUUCAGUUUUCUUUUAUGAGAUCAUGAACUCCCCUGAAAGGGCAUGCCACCUGGCAAAGCAGGCCUUCGAUGAGGCAAUUUCUGAACUGGAUACUCUGAACGAAGAGUCCUACAAAGACAGUACGUUGAUAAUGCAACUUCUAAGAGACAAUCUUACCUUAUGGACAUCUGAUAUCCCGGAUGACUUAGAAGAUGCUUCUAAGGGUGAAGCUCUCAACAAAGUUAGCGGUGGUGAUGACGCAGAGUGAAUGGAGGAGACAAGUGACUUCUCUGAUGUGUAUUUGGGUAGGAGAGGACUCGAUGGCUCAUUGUGGGGACAUGUUUGUGUUUGUUAAACUGUUAUUAUUAUCAUACAUACUGAUUGUUGGUGUACCUUUGUAAUAGCUCUGCUUGAUGUUUUUACUUGGGAGCGAACGUGUGGUUUGAUUUGCCACCACAUUGCCUUUUUUUUCCUCUCCGUAAAAUGAAUGUCUUCUAUACAUUCUAGACUAGAGAAGAUUUGUUCUGCAUGUUUGGUGGUUUUGUUUUCAGGCCAUUGCAGCAACCCAGACUAGACCUUCAUAUGUUUGAUCCUCAUUCUAUAAACUUUUCAAUCAUCU